GUUGAUGAUGCCCCCAAGGCUCAGCACACAGUUCAGCUUUCAGACAGUGCUGAUGCCGAUAAUGUCCAGCUUCCUUCAAGUGACCUCGGCCUCAUGGACACUGUCGUGACAGUUGGUGGCCUGGUGUCUGUUCCUAUCAUGGCCUGGUCUCUGUUCGCCCUGAGAACGACAGGCUGCGGUCUGCCUCCCGGCCCUGGAGGGCUGCUUGGUGGCCUUGAGGGUGUGAGCUACCUAGCAGUUGUGGCCAUCGCGGGAAGGUCGCUGAUGCAGCGCGUAUCCAGUUCGGCGGAUUCGGAAGUGCUGCCUACCAGCCCUGCUGGAGUGCUGGGACUCGUGGAGACAUUGUCCUAUGCGGCACUGCUUGCAGGGGUUGUCGUCUUCGCCUUGACAUGGUGA